UUCAGGUUUUCAACAUGCAACGUUUGGUUUACUCGCUGGUAAUUGUCGCCCUGCUCGGCGCAGCUUUGGUUCGAGCCUUUGACGAAAAGGCUGCCAUGGCCAAGUUCAUGGAGGCGGGCGAGAAGUGCAAAGGCGAGGUGGGUGCAUCGGAUGGUGAUAUGGAGAAUGCCAUCAAACAUGAGCCUUCCACAACGCAUGAGGGCAAAUGCCUGCGUGCCUGUGUCAUGAAGAGCUUCCACAUAAUGGAUGACAAUGGCAAACUGGAUGUGGAUGCCGGCCGCGAGAAGGCCAAGCAGUACACCGGCGAUAAUCCCGAAAAGCUAAAGUUGGCAAUCGAGAUUGGCGAUAUCUGUGCGGCGCUUACUGUUCCAGCGGAUCACUGCGACGCUGCCGAGGCAUACAGCAUGUGCUUCUCGACGGAGGCCAAAAAACGUGGCCUCAAGUAAAUGGCUCAAAGGAUGAACGCAAAAAAGGACACAGGCACAAAUCCCCCAGGCUUAACUCGCAGACCCAAUCAAUUUUGUAGUUAAAUAUCUAUGCUUAAAAUAGUUUAUGUUUAUGCAGUUUACAGUGCUGCCAACUUGUGUGAAUGUGAAAAAUCUAGUUUUUAAAAAUGGGAAAAUAAAGUAUUAGAACAGAAA